CAGCAUAAUUAGCCCGGGCUGCUUGGUUACCUUCCAAACAAAGCUGCUGAUUUGUGGAGUAAAAGAAGAGGAGGGGAAAAGCGAGAGAGACAGAGAGAAAAGAGGAGGGGGAGGAUAGAAAGAGAUGAGGGGAGUGAUUGUGCAAUGCCACACACACUUGAAGCUCAGUCUCCCUUGGAGACACUGGCAACUCUGGAUCACAGCAUGACAGUGCAACAGUAGAGUCUCCACUUCACUACACUUCCACUGAGCUAUCUCCACUGAGCUGUGUCACUAUCCCGACAGACAGAGAGAGACAGAGAGAGAGCACCAGUAACAGAGCGCUGGCCUGGAGAGGAACGGAAAAUCAGGACGGCAGUGCUGGGAAGUAGACAGAAGAGUUGACAGAGAUCUGGGGGGAGGAGGGGUGGGGGGCGUGCAAUCAAGAACGUGAAGAGGAAGCGGAGGAGUCAGGAGUCUGAGGGUGCACGGAGCUAGCAGGAGGAGCUGCUGAGCGUGCAGCAGCAGCAGCCUGGGCACACUUACACACUCACUCACACACACACACACACUUCCCAGGGAAGGACAGUAGUGUGUCCCCAGUGGAGGAUGAAGAAGCACUCAGCCCGAGUGGCUCCUCUCAGCUCGUACAGCACUCAGGUCCUGACCUGCCCCAUCUCUGAAGGAGAGGACGGUUCAGAGUCUCAUGCAGAGACACCAGGCAGCGAGACCAGCGAAGAGUGCCGUUCCUAUCAAACAUGUACCAACACAGCUCUGAAGGUGCUGGGUGGUCUGCUGAUGGUGCUGUGUGUCUCCUCCUCCUGGGUGGGUACUACUCAGGUGGUUAAGCUGACCUUCCAGUCGUUCUCCUGUCCCUUCUUCAUCUCCUGGUUCAGCAGCAACUGGAACAUCCUAUUCUUCCCCAUCUACUACUCCGGACAUGUGGUUAUCACACGGGAGAAGCAGACCCCAAUACAGAAAUUCCGGGAGUGCAGCAAGCUCUUUGGGGAGGAUGGGAUGACUCUCAAGCUUUUUGUAAAGAGGACAGCACCCUUCUCAAUCCUGUGGACGCUGACCAACUACCUGUACCUCCUGGCCUUGAAGAAGCUGACCGCCACUGAUGUCUCUGCCCUCUACUGCUGCCACAAGGCCUUUGUCUUUCUCUUGUCCUGGAUUGUUCUCAAGGACCGGUUCAUGGGUGUUCGGAUUGUGGCAGCCAUAAUGGCCAUCACAGGUAUUGUCAUGAUGGCUUAUGCUGACGGUUUCCAUGGUGAUUCCUUUGUGGGCGUGGCACUGGCUGUGGGCUCGGCCUCAACAUCAGCUCUCUACAAGGUGCUGUUCAAGAUGUUCCUGGGCAGCGCCAACCUUGGAGAAGUGGCUCACUUCCUUUCCACCAUGGGCUUCUUCAAUCUCAUCUUCAUCUCCUGUGUGCCCCUCAUCCUCUACUUCACCAAGGUAGAGCACUGGGGCUCACUGUCCUCACUGCCCUGGGGAUACCUGUGUGGACUGGCAGGACUGUGGCUGGUGUUCAACAUCUUGGUCCAUGUUGGUGUGGUGCUGACAUACCCCAUUCUCAUCUCCAUAGGGACACUGCUCAGUGUGCCGGGCAAUGCAGCCGUAGAUGUUUUGAAACAUGAGGUUAUCUUCAGCGUGGUGCGCCUGGCAGCCACCUGCAUCAUCUGCCUGGGCUUCUUGCUCCUGCUGCUGCCAGAGGAGUGGGACUCAGUCACGCUGCGUUUCCUGGCCAGCAUCGCAGACAAGAAGUCAGAGGAACACGGCGAGGAGCUCACAGAGUCCAGUGUCCACACUCGAAGCCGCAGUCGAGCAAACGGCGCUGUCUCCAUUCCCUUGGCAUGAUGCGGCUGAGCUCUGCUAGUAUCCUCUGUUAACCAGUCUUGAAGCCUUAUCUGCUCAUGUUCCUCCAUUGCCCACCCAGAAGGUGUGGCAGGAUGUUCAGUCCACAUGGACUCUCUACCAGAAAGGCAGGAAGUAAUGUCUUGAACCUUUAACUUCACUCUGGAGAUGCAUUUCUGUCUCUGCCACUUCACUGCAGGAGAGAAAAACAAGAACUUUUAUUGAACAUUUAUGGAUCUUGCAAAUUGAAAGGGUGGAAAGUAUUAUUUACUUUCUUGAAAUACUUGCCACGCUUAGUCUCGUUCCUCGCACGCACGCACCCAAACCAAGAGCUUACUGACCUCCCCUGACCUACUCUGCGGACUGUAUUCUGUGAAUAUAAAUAUUGGCAGGGCCAGUUUGGCUCAAUCUUAUAUGUAUUUAUGAUAUUUAUUUAGAGCUGUAUCAGAGCAGUAUUAAGAGUAUUAUUUUAAGUCUUAUUGAAUCUAAUUAUAUACAAGAGUGGCAAUUAUACUAUGCGUAAUGUACAGGCUUUUUUGGUUUUAUAAUAAAAGACUUAAAACCCA